CCGAACAUAUCCAGUUUCACCGCUUUCCUCUUAUAUAUAAGCUCACCGUCUCCAUUUUCGCCGCACACUAACUCAGACGAAGACUACACUCUCUGAUAAACUUUCUAAGACAAGCUUCCUGUUUCUUCUACACAUGGCGUCAUCCCUCGCUCUUAGGAGACUUCUCUCAUCCACUGUCGCUCCUGGUUCCCGUAGCUUUCUUCGUCCACAAGCUGCCUCUCGCCUCCUCAACACCAACGCGGUCAGGAGCUAUGACGGAGGUGAAAAUGAACGCGGUGUUGAUAUAGACCGACGCUCUGAUCGCUCUGUUUCUCGCCGUGGUGAUGAUAUUUUCACAGACGUGUUCGAUCCCUUUUCACCGACGAGGAGUAUUAGCCAGGUGCUGAAUCUGAUGGACCAGUUCAUGGAGAAUCCUCUGUUGUCGGCUAGUCGGGGCAUGGGAGCUUCUGGAGCUCGGCGGGGUUGGGAUAUCAAGGAGAAAGACGAUGCCCUCUACUUGAGGAUCGACAUGCCUGGGCUGAGCAGAGAGGAUGUGAAGCUGGCUUUGGAGAACGACACUCUGGUUAUAAGAGGAGAAGGGAAAGAUGUGGACGAUGGUGGCGAGGAAGGUGGAGAGACUGGUAAUAGGAGAUUCACAAGUCGGAUUGGACUGCCGGAGAAGGUAUACAAGACCGAUGAGAUUAAGGCGGAAAUGAAGAACGGGGUUUUGAAAGUUGUGGUCCCGAAGAUGAAGGAAGAAGAGAGAAACGAUGUUCGUCAGAUCGAAAUCAACUGAAACGUCUAUCACUUUUAGUUAUGUUGUUGUUUCUGAGGAUAUGUCUUGAAUAAGAAGUGUUGUACUUGUCUAUGUGAGUCAUGUACUCUAAAUCUAAAGGGAAGCUCUUAUGUUUUUUUUUUU